UCGACAGGAAGUCCACCAUUUGUUAUUCUUUCUCUCUGACAAUCAGCAUGAAAUCGACAGAUUCUGGCGAAAGAAACACGGAUAGAUAUAUUUGUUGUAUGCAGGGAUAAAGAAAAUACCCGAGUGAUGUCUUUCAAGACGACAAACUGCCAGAAAUUUCGGUAUUUAGUUUGUUUUGGAGAUAUCUUUUCCAAUGGGCAAGUGUCAAUCAUGUUGUGAACCACCAGGGUCAUCAACUGAGACCAGAUUUACAAGUACACAAAGGUCAGAUUACAGACCAGCUCAGCAUAUUAUUUCAAAAGAUCUUGAAAGAGGUACGGGUGAUCAAGGUUUUACAUCCAUGUCAACAGGAAAAUCAGCCAUUGCGUCGGACAAAAAAAUGUUCACGCCAUACCCAAAACUGCCACCUAUUAAAAAGCAUAGCAAUGGGGAGGGUAAGAGACUGUCAUUUAUUUCGCGUGAUGUGUCAGAGAGUAAAAUUUUGGCUAUGUUUGAACAAUACAGAGAUGUGGGGGAAGAAGCAAUUUUAGCUGAAGGAAUUGAAAAGUUUUGCUCAGAUCUACAAGUAAAUCCAGAUGAAUUUAUUGUACUAGUUUUAGCAUGGAAAUUUAACGCAGAAACAAUGUGCAAAUUUACAAAAGAAGAAUUCGUUACGGGGUGUAAAGUAUUGAAAGUGGAUUCAAUUAAAGGAAUUCAGUCAAAAUUUACAGAUCUCUUGAAUGAAGUGAAAAACAAACAAAGUUUCAAAGAGUUUUACAAAUGGACUUAUAAAUUUGGUCUUGAAAUUGAAACGGGACAAAGAACACUCCCAAGUGAUAUGGCCAUGGGCCUUUGGAAACUAAUCUUUUCUCAGAACCAACCACCAGUUAUAGAACAAUGGAUAGAGUUUUUAGAAGAACACCCUAGUAUAAGAGGAAUUCCCCGUGACACUUGGGAUAUGUUCCUGAAUUUUGUUGAGCAAGUUGGAGACGAUUUAAGUACUUACGAUGAUACGGAGGCUUGGCCUUCUUUAUUUGAUGAUUUUGUUGAGUAUCAGAAUGACAAACAGAAUCAAAAUGUCAAAUCAUUUUAGUGCCAUUAUUUAGGCCAAAAGAAAUAUAUAUGUUAUAUAUCUGUUUAGAUUUACAAUUUUUUUUUAAGUAUUUAUAGAUUAUCGUUGAUCAUCUCAACGAGAUUGAUUUUCUCGCUUGAGCCGGUACAGCGAAAGCGAGAAAACCAAUCGAGUUGAGAUGACCAAUGAUAAUCUGUUUAUCGCUAUUUUACCUAUGACGACGUUGUCAAUUUCAUUAGCAACAGCACGUGCCCCCUUAGUUUCUAGCGAUAAUUUUCAUAUCACUCGACUCCACUGAGAAAGAAAAUUAUCAGUCAGUAAGAUCAAAGGAAAUUUUCGUAAAAUAGCGAUAAGAGAAGAUAUCUGGUAAAAUGAUUUGUUUAAAAUAAUUUCUAUCUUUAUUAAAUGAUGAAAAUUUCACCAUCAGAUCUGGACCACCAUUUGAUUUUUGUGAAUAGGAUUAUAUUAGGAUGUAUACAAUGGUACAUGUAUAUGAACAUUUUACAGCCAAAUUGUGUUUUUUAUGCCUUUGGUGUUUAACAAGUUGUUCAGUAUGAAGACGUCUACUGAAUAUAUAUAUAUAUAUAUACAUUGUAAAUUGAUUAUCUAGAAACAAAUUCUGUAAACAACUAAAAUUUAACAAUACAAUACAUGUAUACUGUACUUAAAUUAAGAAAAAACCUAUAAAAUUUGAAAGAUUAAUAACUAAAUCCAGGUUUACCAUGUUUACCUGGAGUAAAUCUAAACAGAUAUAUAUGUAUAUUAUUCUUGGCCUUUUGCAUUUUCUAAGAAGCAGAUAUUGUGGUAUUCAGAUGCAUUGUUAGAAAUAUAUUGAAAAAGGCUGAGAAUCUAGAAGUACAUUUAUAAAAGGUUACAUAGAAAAGGAAUGGUAGGUCUUUUCAAAAAGGGGGAGUGGUUUACUGAAAACUAUCCCCUAAAAG